GCUUGAAAUCUAAAAAAGUCUUUCUUUGACAUUUCAUCUCUCCGAAUAGAGAGAGAGAGGAGGAGGCAUUCAUCGCUUUCAAGCUCUCGAGGGUCUUUCUUUGAAUCGAAAAAGGAAGAUGGGAAGAGAGAAGAGUCCUGGCUUGAAGAUCCUCUGGGUCUGGACUAUCGGCACUGCAGCUAUUUUAGUGACGAGUGUUGUCCGCACAAGAAUGCAGGACAUGCAAUCAAUGAUAAACCAGAACCAGGAACAAGCACCGAAACAAAACCAGAACGGAGGUGCAGCUGAUUCUUCCGUCUUAACGGAUGAAACGAUUCUGCCCGAGUCGGAUCGAGAGAUUGCGAAAGAACUUAAAUAAACAAGAGCUUGGUUUUUUCUUCUUUUCGCACUCUUCCUUUACGGUAGUCCAUGGACAGGAUGAAACAGCAGAUUUCAAUGGGUUUUUGUAUUUGUAGUUUGCGAAUAUGAUUAUAAGAUUCUAUUUAUGUUUCUAGGAGAAUAACUUGAAAAGUGAAUCGACCAAGAAGCUUGAUGAGGAGUGCA